UACCUUCGGGGCCCGCCCCCCAGAUAAGCCUGGAAUGUCAAAUAUUUGUUCUAGGGGCGGUGCAAAGUGAGGCAGGCCCUUCCCCCACCCCCUGAAGCACGCUUGCGCCGGGCGGAGUCACCUCUUCUGCCCGGCCACGCCCUUGCGCCAAAGCCUUUCGCUCCAGCGGCACCCCACUCUCUGAGCUCUUCUGAAACUACCGUGGAGCCACCAGUCACGAAUGAAUGAAUCGGAGACAGUAGACGGGACACAAGAGAGAGUGCCUGGAGAUUUGGGUAACCAGCUGGAGGCAAAGCUGGACAAGCCAACGGUGGUACACUAUAUCUGCUGCAAGAAGACGGACAGCUACUUCACACUCUGGCUCAACCUGGAGCUGCUCCUGCCUCUCUUGAUCGACUGCUGGAUUGACAAUAUCAGGCUGGUCUACAACAGAACAUCCCGGACUACCCAGUUUCCCGAUGGUGUGGAUGUCCGUGUCCCCAACUUUGGGAAGACCUUCUCUGUGGAGUUCCUGGACCCCAGCAAAAGCAGUGUGGGUUCCUAUUUCCACACCAUGGUGGAAAGCCUUGUGAGCUGGGGCUACACACGGGACGAGGAUGUCCGGGGGGCCCCUUAUGACUGGCGCCGAGCUCCAAAUGAAAACGGGCCUUACUUCCUGGCCCUCCGCAAGAUGAUCGAGGAGAUGUACCAGCUGUAUGGGGGCCCGGUGGUGCUGGUUGCCCAUAGUAUGGGCAACAUGUACACGCUCUACUUUCUGCAGCGGCAGCCACAGGCCUGGAAGGACAAGUAUAUCCGUGCCUUCGUGUCAUUGGGUGCGCCCUGGGGGGGCGUGGCCAAGACCCUGCGCGUCCUGGCCUCAGGAGACAACAACCGGAUCCCGGUCAUCAGGCCCCUGAAGAUCCGGGAGCAGCAGCGGUCCGCCGUCUCUACCAGCUGGCUGCUGCCCUACAACUACACCUGGUCACCUGAGAAGGUGUUUGUGCACACGCCCACAACGAACUACACGCUGCGGGACUAUGCCCAGUUCUUCCAGGACAUUGGCUUCAAAGAUGGCUGGCUCAUGCGGCAGGACACAGAAGGGCUUGUGGAACCCAUGGUGCCACCCGGUGUGCCGCUGCACUGCCUCUAUGGCACCGAGGUCCCCACGCCAGACUCCUUCUACUAUGAGAACUUCCCCGACCACGAGCCUAAAAUCUACUUUGGUAAUGGUGAUGGCACUGUGAAUCUGCAGAGUGCCCUGCAUUGCCAGGCCUGGCGAGGCCGCCAGGAGCACCAGGUAUCAAUGCAGGAGCUGCCGCACAGCGAGCACAUCGAGAUGCUGGCCAACCCCACCACCCUGGCCUAUCUGAAACAUGUGCUCUUUGAGCCCUGACCGAAUGCCAGGUGGGCUGCUGGUGGCUUGCCCACAGCUGUUUCUCCUGGCCUCAGAGUGGCCAUGGCCCAAGAAUUCAGCAGUUCGUGACUGACCUUUGGGCCUUGUGUUAGGAAAUGCCUGCUGUGAGGAAGUGCUGUUUCUUAUCCUUCCUUUGUGGGAAUGAGGAAAGAAACAAUAGUCCAGACCCACUCAGGGAAGCCUUAAGGGAAAAAAUGUGGCUGAUGGUAGAAUUAUCGUGACCUCAAGACCAUCUCCGAAGGGGGAGUGGCUGGCACCUGGCCCCAUUCCCCAACUCCAGGGCCACAUGGACCUCUUACCCCUGUGGCCUUCUCACACUUGCCCACCAGGCCCUGGUCCCUCAGCCUUGCUGUGGGAGAUGUUACUGAGCUGUGGUCCCUGCUCCCAGUGGUCCCAGGGAUGGACCCCUAGCCCUCCGUGACCCUUCCCGCACACUGGCCACGUGUAGGCCUGCUCCUGGCCGUGGGUGGCUGGGGCUGCUGGUUGCCUUGCAACCCAGCUGCUCGGCCACCUCACUGGCUUCUGGGGGCAGUCCGACUGCCCUGGGGCACUCCUACCUCCUUCACCUCUAAGAGCCACCUAGCUCAGGACUGGACAGCAAAUAGCCCCCAGUUCUGGGGGAUAUGUACCCAGAACCCUGAUCCCCUUGGUGUGCUCUUGGCCACAGUAUUGAUGCUGGCUCCUUUUGCCCAGGACUGUGGUUCAAGGAUAACUACUGUGUUGCCACCCUGUUGUAAGGUCUCUCUAGUACCCAGUGGGCUGGCACAGGGCUGAGAGGAGACAGAGCUCAUGCCUCUCCCCUCCACCCCCCAACCUAGGACCUACCCCACCAGGCAGCUGAGUGGUGUCUGUUCUUCAGGGACUAAACCGGAAACUUGAGUUGGCCUCUGAGAGAGCCAGGUGCCUUGAGGCCCCCCUGGGGGUUUUCUGCCCCAGAGGUAUGACAGAUCUCCCUCUCAGCAGGGAUGAAGAAGCUAGGUCUGCCUUGGUGGCAGUGGACCAUGGCUAUAGGCUGAGGUGUGGCUCUGAAACCACAUUCAGACUGGACUGUGCUGCUCUCCCACAAGGUAACUAUGGAGCUGGAUUUUCUCUGUUGCAUACCUACCCCAGCAUUUGUCACUUUUCCCCUGAGUGGUGAGCCCUGCCUGGGGCUCUGAGCAGGCUGUACCUCAAUUCUGGCAAUAAAAGUAUUCUGGAUGCUGUAAAGUGCACUGGCCUAUGCUCUGCUCUGAGCAUGAGGAGGAAGAUAGUGAGGGGCAGGGUGGUAGAGAGGCCGGCAGCAGGGGCUAGCCCCUUCCUGGAGUCUUGACAGCUUAGCACCAAAACUUGACUCCUAUACACCUCCUUGGGCUUCAUCAUGCUGCCCCCCUCUCCUGGAAUCUAGUUCUCCUGGGACUAAGAGCCAGAUCCUGAAACAUUCCUGUUGGUUUGUGGCUCCUGCUCGGUCUGCUGCCGCCGCCGCUGCUGCUGCUGCUGCUGCUGCUGCUGCUGCUGCUGCCCAGGGGCUAUUGACAAUCCUGCAGGCUCCCCUGGCUGGCCCAUCUUCCCAGCUUUGUCCUCUCAGCUUACAGGCCUGUUUCCUUUGAAACAGCAGUCCUUCAGUUCUUUUUAAAGACACCACCCUUCUGUUUCACUUCUUCAGUUCCUCUGCCCACCAUCUCCCUCUUUGGAGAAAGUGAGAUCGAGGGAGGAAAGGCUAGGUUUAGAUUGGUAAGGACAUAGACCAAGAUGGGCAGAGACAGGGACUGAGAGACUGGGGUCAAGUGGAGAUGGGCAAGAGACAAAGAGUCUGAGACUGGGACACAGUCAUGGGGUGUUUGAAUUUUGUGGUCCAGAGCCAGGGAGGGGAAGGGAGUAGGAUCCCAAUUCCUGCUUCCAUAGAGCUCUGACAGCCUGGGCUUCAGGGUUCCAUACCGCUGAGCCACUAGAGGGCGCUCUGAACACUCAUACUACAUCCGUUAUUGACCAAAUCUGGAAAAGGAGAGUGCAGGUAAGGUCAGGAUGCCUAUGGCUGACUACACGGGUCCAGCUGCACUGCUGGCCCGGGUGAAGCCGGACAGCAACAUGAAAGAGAGAAGCACUCGGGGCCUCCCUGGUGGUGCAAGGGGUUAAGCACCACACUAUGAAGCAGUCCGCAGCCUCUGCAGCACGAGUUUGAUCCCUGCCCUGCCAGGGAGCAACCCACAUGGCGGAGCAGACCUCUCCUGUCUCACCUGCUGCUCCCCUCAGCAGCGUAUUUCAGUCACUCUGGCUGUUCUGUUCCCCACUCUGUCUCUGGUGAAUCCUGCAUCUCUAGCCUGUACCCCAGCUCUUGUAUGCUU